GGGCCGCGCGCUGAUUGGGCGGCGGGGUGGGACGGGGGCGGAGCUUCCGGCGGCGCGCGCGGCGGGGUCGGACGGUGAAGGUCUCACCAUGGCGGGUCGCAGAGCUGCUCUCAAGGCCGUGGACUGGGCGGCCUUCGCCGAGCGGGUCCCCCCGAACCAGCGGCCCAUGUACAACGCGCUCAAGACCCGCAACGACGCCCUGACGGCCCGGUUGGCAGCGCUGCCAGAGAAGCCUCCAGCCAUCGACUGGGCUUUCUACAAGGCUAAUGUUGCCAAGGCUGGCAUGGUGGAUGAGUUUCAGAAGAAGUUCAGUGCACUGAAGGUUCCUGAGCCAGUGGAUACCCAAAGUGCCAAGAUCGAUGCCCAGGAGAAGGAAGCUGCCAAGAGCACUGCUGAGUAUGUUCAGGCUUCCAAAGCUCGGAUUGCCCAGUAUGAGCAACAGCUCCAGAAGCUCAAGAGUAUGAUUCCCUUUGAGCAGAUGACGUUUGAAGACUUGCAUGAAGCCUUCCCUGAAACCAAACUGGACAAGGAGAAAUACCCAUACUGGCCCCACAAGCCCAUUGCUGAUCUGUAAACCAGUCUGGGAGCUGUUCAAAGACUGUCAGACUCAAUGAUCUUAUAAAUAAAGAGCUUUCCCUCCUG